AUGACCUUGAGGAAAUGGACAGCUAACAACGAAGAAUUACAGCAGCAAUUCAACAAUGAUGAACCUGAAAUUAUAUCAGAAGGAAAGAGUCUCACACCUUCGAAAAUCACCAAAGUACUUGGAAUGAUCUGGGACAAGCAAAACGAUUGUUUUAUGUACAAAGUAGAGUCUCUUCUGGAAUUCCUCACUGCAAAUCUGGACAACAAGCGGUCCAUCCUCAAGGCAGCUUCAGGAGUAUUUGAUCCUCUCAGACUGAUCGCACCAUUCGUCCUAAUGGCCAAGUUGCUCUUCCAAAAGCUAUGGCUAAUUGGGAUGAACUGGGAUGAAGUUUUACCCCCAGAGUUGGUCAACGAAUGGCACGCCUGGACGACGGAUCUUGUGCAGCUGCACUCUUUGAAAGUACCGAGAUACAUAAGGCGUGGUGUCCUGGCGGGAGCGAGAAAAAUGCAAUUACACGUCUUUGUAGAUGCAAGUAUGAAAGCCUACGGCUCGUGCGCAUACUUGAGAACUGAGGAUUACCAAGGGAAUGUAGCCACCACGUUGGUUGUCGCGAAGACCAGGGUGGCACCGACAAGACCUUUAACAGUGCCAAGGCUUGAGCUCAUGGGAGCCAAUAUGGGAUCCAAGCUCUUACAAUACAUAAAAGACUCCUAUUAUGACGUGGACCUGGACAACAUCAUGUGGACGGAUUCGACAGUUGCCCUCAGUUGGGUGAGAGCAGGGCCGGAGAAAUGGAAGCCGUUUGUGAAAAACAGGGUAACGGAAAUACUAGCAGUGACGUCACCGGACCAUUGGAGACACUGCCUCGGUCAAGACAAUCCGGCAAAUUUCUUGACAAGAGGAUUGACUAUUUAUGAGCUUCGAGACAGCGUCAUCUGGUGGAAAGGACCCAACUGGUUGUGCCAAGAGCCUUCAAAAUGGCCUAGAAACGCAGCUCCGUUGCAAAUCACGUCACAACCGGAAGUCGAAAAAGAGACACAGGUGUUGUUGGAGAACGAUCGAGCGGUGCCAACAUUGUUCGAUGCCGGAGCUUAUAAUAAUUUCCAAAAGGUUCUCCGGAUAACUGCCUGGGUCAUUAGGUUCGCUAACAACGCGAACAAAAAAAAUGACAAGUUCCGAGGAACUCUAAGUGCAGCGGAAUUGGACACCGCAGAGCGGUAUUGGGUUAAGCAAGUACAAAAGGAAAGCUUUGAGACUGACAUUCUGUUAAGAAAAAAUGGCACAAUGGAAGUGAAUCCGUCCCUCGCUCAGUUCCAUCCUUUUUUUUGA